AUGCGACCGAUUCUGAUCGCCAACGUGUCCGGCUCUACUGGGGAUCGACUUGAUGGCAGGCUUAAAUCCAUGCUCAGUGGUCCUACAAAAGUUGAUGCUAUCACGGGUGACUGGCUCUCAGAGUACAACAUUGGUACACGCGCCCUCGAACGGCAAAGCAAUGGCAAAGGACGAUAUGAGCCCGGCUUCCUGCAUUCCUUGCGGAUGGCCAUGGACCUUUACAAGACCUACCCGCGCAAGCUCAAGAUCGUUGUGAACGCUGGUGGAGGAGACCCAAAGCAGCUCGCCGCGGAAGUCGAUGGACUUUUGACGAAAAACGGUGUCCACCGCCGCAUCGCUUACAUAUCUGGUGACAACAUUCUGGACCGAGUCGAUGAGCUAUCAUUUCAGCCCUUGACUCCAAUGAGCGGUACCUACGAUUCGUUCCGAAGAUCAUAUGGCCGUAUCCUCUCAGCGAAUGCGUACAUUGGUGCCGCUGGUAUCCAGACGGCUUUGGAAGAAGGCGCGGAUAUCGUCAUAGCUGGUCGAUGUACCGAUGCAAGCCCAGUGAUUGGUCUGUGUGCCUGGUGGCACAAGUGGACAGCUCAUGAUUUGGAUUCAUUGGCAGGGUCAUUGGUCGCGGGACACUUGAUCGAGUGUGGUUGCUAUGUGUGCGGCGGAAGUUUUGCUGGCUUCCAAGAUAUGGGUGACAACCAUUUCAACCUCUCAUUUCCCAUCGCCGAAGUCAGGUCGGACGGCACUGCCGUCAUCCAAAAACAGCCAGAUCAGCAUGGCAUGAUCACCGUUGACACGGUGCGAACCCAGUUCGUAUAUGAGUUGCAAGGCGAUCGGUAUCUGAAUCCUGAUGUCGUCGCUGAUCUCACCUGGAUCACUAUGGCCCAGGUGGAGAGCAACAAGGUUGAAGUGAGCGGCGUGAAAGGGUUGCCACCGCCAGCAACUCUCAAGGUCGCAAUUACUGCAGAAGCAGGCUACCAAGCUGAGUUCUCCGUUUACGUGACAGGACUUGAUGCAAGAGAGAAAAUGGAAAGCUUUAAAAGAAUGUCUCUGAAAAUGAUCAACGCAUCCAAGUUCAAGAAACUGGAGUUUCAACUUGUUGGCAUGCCUUCCGCCGAUCCGAAGUCAUUGAAUGAAGCUACCGCAACAUUACGUGUGUUUGCGCAGGCUGACAAUCCACAAGUCUUGUCUCGAGGACGAUUCCUGGGUCCUCUCUUAAGCAAUCAACUCCAAGGCUUUCCGGCCCUAACACCUAAUCUCGACUAUCGCACUGCAGAUCCAAAGCCGAUCGUCACAUUGUAUACUGGUCUCAUCAAACGUGAGCAGAUUCGAGAAACCUGCCAUUUUCUGCAGUCGAGCGGGGCGGAGCAAAGUGUCCUGCCUCGCCACUCGCUACAGAACGUUCCGGAACAUUAUCCUACACCGGGUGCUGUCCCUCCACUGAGUGACGAGCAUUAUACGGCACUUGAAAGUUUUGGACCAACAAUAAAAGCUCCAUUACGCAGCAUUCUAUAUGGCAGGAGUGGUGACAAGGGAGCUAACGUCAACGUAGGCUUAUUUGUGCCAAGCAGCCAGCAGACGGAGCAGACAUGGCAAUGGUUACGGAGCUUUAUGACGAUUGAUCGGCUUAUAGCACUGAUGGCCAAUGACUACGAUCCGCGGCUACGUAUCGAGAGAUGCGAGUUCCCUAACAUUCAAGCAAUUCAUUUUGUGGUUCAUGGACUGCUGGGCACCGGAGUCAGUAGUACAAGUAGUCCAGACGCGCUGGGAAAGGGAUUCGUGGAGUUCCUCCGAGCGCGAUAUAUCGGUGUGCCGAGAUCAUUCCUCACAUCCAAAAGCCAGCUCAAACUAUAG